GUUUGUAGGCGUGUCCAUCAAUUUUUGUGUGCUUGAUCUUCCAAUGCGCAUACGUAUGCUUUGGAACCCGUCUCUGACACUGUGGGAGCCCAAAUCAGACGUCGGGCUGCCAAGGCUUCACGUGUGAGUCACGUGCCCAUCUAAUGGCGACUCUGAAAAGUUGUGCAGGAGGGAAAGGAAGUUCCAAGAAGCAGGCGUCUAUUUCAGGAUUCUUCUCCCGCGGUCAAGUUUCUGACAACUCGCAAAAGUCUGAAGAAGUUCAAGGAACAGUCGAGUUAGAUUCAGAAGUCAGCCUCACUGAUGGUCAAGGCACCGAACAAGUGACACCUAGCGAGGUUUCUACCGCUGCUGGGCCUUCCAGUGGAUUGGUUCUAGAAGCCGCUAACGUUCUAGUAGGCCCUCAUCAACCUCGAUCCAAAGAUUUGUUUGGUGGAAGUUUUCCGAGGAGGCAAAUUUUGCGUCAGCGAAGAAGUUUUCAGGAGACUUGGUAUUCCCAGUUCCCUUGGCUGGAGUAUAGUGAGAAGGUGGAUUCUGCAUUUUGUUUUGCGUGUCGCCUAGCUGAGCAGAGCGGAAAGCAUGGCCACUACGAUGCAUGCUUUACUGAAAGAGGCUUUCGAAACUGGAAAACGGCACUAGAUGACUACAGAAAGCACGAGUCUUCGCAUGUGCACUGCUUGGCGGCAGCUGUGUGGAAUCAGGCAAGACAUGUUGCCGAAUCGGGCACUCUAGCGAAUGCUUGUUCCGCGGUCCAGGAUAUUAGAAACGUUCUUGGAGUGGUAAACAGCCUCUACAAACUGCUGGAAGGAUCGGCAAAGAGACAUUCGCGGUUUCAGGCUAUCCAGGAGAAGCUAGGAGGCAGUUCUGUCACUCUCAAGAGACUUUGUGAAACUAGAUGGUCUUCACGCUAUGAAGCUGUACAUGCUAUCAAGUCCAGUUUUGAUGCGAUCAUUCACACUCUUGAAGCAAUUUCAACUGAAGAUGCCGAAUUAGGACCAGAAGCAUCCUGUCUUCUGAAGUCUGUUCAGACUUUCCACUUCUUCUUCUAUAUUUCAGUGUUGGAAGAGGUACUUGGGAAAACUGCUGUUCUUUCACGCUACUUACAAGGUCGGCGUGUCGAGCUGUCUGGAGUCAAGUCGAAAGUUUCUAGCACAAUCAAAGCCGUGGGUGCACUUCGUGAAGACUUUCAAGACGUCUGGAAAAAUACUGAAGACAUUGCGUCAAAACUAAGCUUGGAACUUCCACAACUUCCGCGCAAACGUAAAGUAGCACAGCGACUGGCCAUGGAUGGUGGUGGUACACCAUAUUACCCUCAGUCUUGUCAAGAGCAAUAUAAACUGGUUUACAAUGAGGUCGUAGAUAUCGUGCGAAUGGAAAUGAAAGAGAGAUUUCGUGAGAAUGAAUAUGAAGUUCUGGCUGCAGUCGAAAAACUUCUAGUAGACUCACUGACAGAGAGCCGACCAGACCGGUCGAGUCUUCAGACAGUGUGCACAUUUUAUGGCAACGACUUCAAUUCUGGCCGACUUGAGCAUGAACUUGAAAUUUUUUAUGGUAAUAUUCAAGCGUACCAAGGCGAACCGGACUGGACUGUAGAGAGUGAAGAGGGAACUGACUUGCCCGAACUUGUAAAAGUCCGGACGUUCUUCAACAAAGGCACUAACAGGGACUGCUACCCAGAAACUUGUAAGCUUCUUAAGACACUUCUUGUCAUUCCUGCAUCUUCAUCGGAAUGUGAACGAUCAUUUUCCACUCUCCGUCGUUUGAAAACGUGGCUCAGAACGUCGAUGGGACAAGAACGUCUGACUAGUCUAGCACUCCUGACAGUCGAGCGCGAAGAAUGUCGAAAAUUGGAGUGUAGAGUGGAAGACCUUGUUGCAGAGUUUGGGUCUAGUGGACGAAGGCGUUUACUGUUAAAUUAGUUUAUCGCACCUCCGUGACGUCUAGAACAGCUGUUGCAUUUAAACUAUGCUACGCUAUCUAGAGUACCCUGGAACCGUUGGUUAAUUGCAAACUAUUUAGCUGCCAGUAGAACGUACUCUGCUCACACAAGAAUGAUCAAUUCUCCAAGCUCCCACGUAUGCACCACUCAGUCUUCAAGUACGCAUGUGACAGCUUUUUGCCCAUAUGUAGGUACGUACUACGAAGGCAAGAAGUGUGUGGUUGGCUGAUUUGACUGAUGAAGUGGGCGUGUCCCGUUGCGUCGCAAAGUCUAGCCCCCCCAA